CACCUCGGCUUUUAUUUUGUUCGCAUAUUGCAGAUUCUGAAAGAUCUUUUAAAAGAUCUGCUCAGACAGGACUACAACCCAAUUAUACCCUGUGGUCCCAUUUCUGUUAAAUGAAUAUUGAAUAUAAAUCUUAGUCUAUUGAUUGAUAUCCAUUGCAGCAACAUGUAUGUGGAUGCCAGAUGCCAAAUCGACGCUGGAGCUAAUCCAUUGGACAUGGCAUGGGGCUGGGGUGCUGACACCUGACGAUGCUGCUGUCGUUAACGCGACAAAGGAGGCAGCCGAAUCCGCGUCCAAUAAACGUUACUAUGCAGAAAUUCAAUGCGGACGCAAUUAUGUUCUAAUUUAGAUUUCACUUGUUAUGGCGGGGGGGACUGGCCCGUAAGCCGUAAACCCGUUUCGGGCCUCCCCCAAACACAGAACUGGCCUAUAAAACGAUCGAGCUAAUUGCGAAACAACAUCAGUCACUGACAAACUAACAAACCCAAACAUAUCAACAUGAAGUUCCUCAUUUGCCUGGCUCUCUGCUCUAUCGCCUGCGCACAGGCUGGCUUCCUGGCUUCGCCGGUCACCACAUAUGCUGCUGCUCCAUCGUAUGCUGCUGCCACAUAUACUGCUGUUCCAUCUUAUGCUGCUGCGACAUAUGCUGCUGUUCCAUCGUAUGCUGCCACAUAUGCCGCUGCUCGUGUGCGAUAUACGGCUCCAGUGACCACAUAUGCUGCAGCUGCUGUUCCUGCUUACACAUCCUAUGCCGCAGCUGCUCCUGCCUAUACCGCCUACGCAGCUCCGGCCAUUGUUAGCCCCUUCCUGAAGAAGAAGUAAACACGCACGCUUCUUUUUGCAUACCUUUUGAUCCAUUCAAACCCUAUGAAAACUUAAUAAAUAUUCAAUAUGAAGCGUA